AUGAGUAAAGCUUUCAUUGUCUUACUUUUUGUGGUUGCUUUGGCUGCCUUGCAUCAAAGCACAGCUAAUCCUUUAGCUAAUCAACUUACUGAAGCUUUAAAGCCUGAAGAAAAACAAGAAGUUUCCAAUGAAAAACAAAUGAGAGACAAACGUGGAUCUUGUUACGAUAACGAUGAUGAGGAUGAUGAUAGUUCAGAAGAAAAGGUUAAACAUGAUGAUGACGACGACGAAGAAGAACGAAAACACGACGAUGAUGAGGAAGAAGAAGAAGUCACACUUGAACUCACUGCCAAAUCUGAAGAAGAGGAAGAUGAUGAUGAAGAAGAAGAAGAGGAAGCUCCUUGUCGCCAUUGCGGAAAACAUCACAAGAAAUCAAGCUCAAAGAGUUCCUCAAAAUCCUCCAAGUCUCAAAAAUCUGAAAAGUUGACAUGCAGUUGCCAAGAGAAGAAACAAAAAUCUAAAUCCAAACCAGUGCCUUGCUCAUGCCAAGAGAAGAAAUCGAAGAAAUCUUCGGGAAAAUCGAAAAAGAGUAGCAAAAAAUAUGUAAAGUGUGAAUGUACUGAAGCAACAACAACAACAACCGAAGCUACAACAACAACAACGACUGAAUGUGCCACGGAAGAAACAACUACUCCUUACCCAUGGUCGAAGAAGGAACUCAAAAACGUACAUAUCCAUGUUUAUGAUACUUAUCCUCAUGCUUUUAGAAGACAUCAUAAGUAG